GAUAAACAUCCGUUUGUGGUUUGGAUGGUUUAUCUCGACCCAGUAAUUUGGCUGCUUAAUUUUGUCUAAGGCUUGAGCAUCUCUGUGUAUAUCAUCCAUCCCACAAAUUCACCUGGCUGCUCUGGCUACUGGGCUCUUUGUUCCAGCAAACUGUGCUUAUUGCCUGCCUGAGGUAGAUCCACAAAUGACCAACGUGCCUUAAGUCAUCCUCAGAAGCAAAUCAUUAGAGGACGACACAAGUUUUAUAAUCUUCUAAGCUCUUCGUGGCAAAGCAUGAAGAUAAUCAAUGCAAGCAUCCUGGAGAAUGCGUCAAACACAGAGUUCGAACAAUGCGAUAUGCACUGCAGGAUUAUUCUGAUAAUACUUUACAGCGUGGUUUUACUUGGUGGCAUUACUGGCAUGGUUAUGAUGUCUUGCUUGAUGUUCAAAAGGAACAGUCAAUCAGUGGUGGCCACAUUUGUCCUCAAUAUCAUAGCACUGCACUCCAUCCUGCUGGUCAGCCUUCCCUUCCGUGUCAGCUAUUACUUCUCAGUCACCUGGGACCUUGGAUCCUUUACUUGUCGGAUGGUCAGCAGCAUCAUCUACAGCCAUAUGUACUUCACCUUUGUCUUCUAUGUGGCCAUUGUCAUACUCCGACUGCUCAUCUAUUUCAGGAAACUCCAAAUGCAGCAGCUGAAAAAGCGCCAUGCAAUAGUUUCAAGUCUUAUUAUUUGGGUAGUGGGAAGCCUCAUUUUUUUGCCAGUUUUCUUUUUACAAUAUGGCACAGAUACAAGUCACUUAGAACAACAGCGAUGCUUUGAGUUCUACAGAGAUCUCAACAGGAGGGAAAUCAUUAUCUUGAAUUACUCUAUGAUCGUCAUUAUAAUGAGCAUGGUUGUGAUCCUUUUCCUGGUACAGCUGGUUGUCAUCUUUCAAUUGAUAAAGGCUCUAUGGCCCGACAUGUGGACCCACCAGGAAUACAGAGCCCAAAUCAAGAGUUUCUUCUUUCUCCUAGUAAUAGUUGUUUGUUUUAUACCUCACCAUGCAUUCCGGGUGUACUUUAUUCAAAAUUAUUCCGGGAGGGAAAAUUCUAAACUAGUUCUUUACAAUGAAAUCUGUGUUGCUCUGACAACUGUCUGUUGUUUGGAUAUGUUAUGCUUCACAGGUGGAGUGAUCCAUUACAACUUCUAAUGUUGCUUUCUCAGUAAUCAUUUUCCCCACCAUUGUGACCAAAUCAUUCCAACUAAGUGGGAGCUGUUGUGAUAUGAAAACAUUUCAAAUUCUCUGCUCAUAAUCAUCAAAUUGAUAGAUUGCUCUCAAUCAAAAAUGUCUUUCUGCAAAAAUUAAUGAGAACUGAUUAUUCCUCUUUCCUUGAAGAAUAACUACCAUCCCACAUUUACAAUAGAGUGUGUUCAAUUUUUUAGCUCUACUCAAAUUGACAACAUAAUACUUUAUUUCUUUUUUUCAUGUGGCAAUUAUUUUAUUUGCUUUUAUGUAUAGAUUUCAUUAAUAUGUUUUCAGUACAGCGAUCACAUUCAAAAGGGGUGUUGGUACAAGCACGUGACAUUAUUUUGACUCUUUUUACUUUCUCUUCUCAUCUCUAGAUCUGUUUCCCAUUUGCAAAAGCUCCGUCUUCUUGUUUCUGAUUACCCAUCUUUUAUUUCCUCAUUAAAUUAUUUAUACUUUG